ACCUUCCCUGACCUCGAAAAUCUCUCUCUUCCAAUUUGGCACCAUUUUUUUGCUGUUAAAAGAGAAGCCCAGAGAUCUGCUUCCCUUUUUAUCCGUAUUUUGAUUUUUUCUGUCACCCUAUACUUCUACUUGAGGGCCCUUUUUCUAAAGGGUCUUCUUCUUCUUCUUCUUCUCCUGAUUUUGUGAGGCCGUUAUUUUCUGGAAAUAAUGGGUGUUGAGGUUGCUGAGAUGGCUCAAGUGCCUGUGGAGACUAUCACUGAAGUGCACAAGUCUAAGGAAAAUGGGAAACUGGUCCAGGGUCCAGGGAAUAAGGAACCACUUAAUUUCGGUUCCCAUGUAGAAGAACCUGUUGAAGGGGAAGAAAAUAAUGCAUCAAAGGCCAGUUCAUCACGGGAUGCUGUUGAGGAGUGGCCUACGCCUGUGCAGGUCCAUUCUUUUUGGUUGGUCAGGUACCGGACUUAUGAUGAUCCAAAAAUAAAGGCAAAAAUUGACCAGGCCGAUAAAGAGAUUCAAAAGAGGAAUAAAGCUCGGUCAAAGAUCUUUGACGAAUUGAAAAUAAAAAGGGCAGAUCGAUCUGAGCUAUUGGAUCAGCUGAAGGUUUUGAGGUCUGAGGGUAGGCAGGUUAAGUCAAUUAUGGAUGAGAAGAAAAAAGAACUGGAACCUCUGCAGCAGGCUCUUGGCAAGCUGCGACCUUCAAACAACAGUGGUCGUUCUGGUGGUAUCUGUUCAUCUGAGGAAGAGUUAAAUGAUCUUAUCCAUAGCUUGCAAUAUUGUAUUCAACAUGAGAGCAUCCCAUUGUCUGAGGAGAAGCAACUCCUCAGAGAAAUCAAACAGCUUGAGGGAACAAGAGAAAAAGUUGUGGCAAAUGAUGCCAUUAAAGCAAAGAUUCAGGAGUCAUUGGGUCAGAAAGAUGUUAUUCAAGACCAAGUUAAACUCAUCGGUGUUGAUUUGGAUGGAGUGAAGAAGGAGCGACAAGCACUUUUGUCCAAGAUCACUCCUCUUGAGGGGAAAGUAAAGGCAAUUGAAGAGGACAUUAAAGCUUUACAGGAGGAGUUGCAAACUGUGACUGAGAUGCGGGACAAAGCAUUUGCAAGCAUUCAGGAACUAAGGAAAAUGCGUGAUGAGAGGAAUGCCAACUUUUAUCAAUCUCGUCAAGUCUUGACCAAAGCCAGAGAGCUUGCUGUAAAGAAGGAUGUCAAAGCUCUUAAAGAAUUUACUGAAGCAGAGGUUGAAAAUUUUAUGAGCCUGUGGAACAACAAGAAGGCUGUGAGGGAUGAUUAUGAGAAAAGAAUUUUAACAUCAUUGGACAAUCGACAAUUGAGCAGGGAUGGAAGGAUCAGGAACCCUGAUGAAAAGCCCUUGGUGGUGGUGGAGAAUCCAGCACCUGAGCCUGAGACAGUGACAAAAGCUAAUGUAAAACAACCAAAGGAAGAAGCCAAAUCUACCCCAAAACAUGAUGCGUUGCCGACACAGAAGGUUCAGAAAGAAGCUGCUGGCAAAGCAACAGAAUCAAAACCCCCUGUGGAGAAAAUUGAGACAGGGGAGAUCUUUGUGCCAAAAAAGCCUACCCCAGUGGAGGAAGUUGAUGAAGCUAAGUUAAAGGAGAUGAAAAGAGAAGAGGAGAUAGCAAAAGCUAAGCAAGCGAUGGAAAGAAAGAAGAAGUUGGCUGAGAAAGCUGCAGCCAAAGCGACUAUAAGAGCACAAAAGGAGGCUGAAAAGAAGCUCAAGGAGCGUGAAAAGAAAGCAAAGAAGAAGGCUGCAGCAUCUGGACCUGGUGUUAAUGAGGAAUCAGCUGAAGCUAUCACGGAAGCAGAAGAGGAAAACGCUGAUGUGAAUGAAGAAGGUUCAGUCGAAGCUCCAGUUCCGGCAAAAGCCAAGGUUUAUAAGGAUAACAAAAUAAGGCAUAGGACUCGGCCAAGGGGUACCGAAUCACUUCCAAAAGCCAUCUUAAAGCGCAGGAAGGCUACUAACUACUGGGUAUGGGCUGUGCCUGCAGCUGUGGCAGUUUUGCUGGCUCUGGUGCUGAUAUAUUACUACUAUCUUCAGUGAGGAUGUGAAACUAGAAAGUGAGUUGAAUGAGUUAUUGACAAUUUUCUGCUUCAUGCUGGGUCUCCUAGGGGAUUUUAGAAGCAGAAAAGACACUCAAACGUUCAAGUUAAUUUUUUUUUCUUUGCAUCCUGUCCUAGGGAUGGACUCAAAACUCAUAAUGUUGUUGGUAGCUCAAUCGGUGUGAACUAAAGGGGAAACUUAAUAUGCUUUUGGAUUGAUGCAUUUUCAAAA